GUUCAGUCUUCGACAUAUGCUGUUUCUGACAGGUGAGCGAAGAGCUCAGGACACACCCCCUCGCUCACUGGGCGAGAUCCCUCCAUCAGAGUGAGGAUCAGAAGGAGCUGAGCUCAGCUGGAAGCUUCACCUGCAAACAUGGACACAAGUCUUCAGACCAGAGGAGAGACGCUCACAGGUGUGGACAGAGAGGAGGAAGCUCCUCCCUCUAAAGCCCCUCUGGGUGAGGACCAUGGCAGCCAGACCAGAGCUCAGAGAUCAGAGACACUCACAUCAGAAGCUGCUGGACGAGGACACGGACCUGGACCUGCUCCCAGCUGUGAGUCUCUGAAGAGUAAUCUGUCAAUGGGAAGAUAUAUUGACUUCAGAGGAGGACAGGACCAUCAGAAGAGGAGCAGGUUUAAACAGGAGAAACCAGAAGAGUCUGAACUCAGCUGUGUGUCUCUGAAGAGUGAUGCGUCGAUGGAUCUUCUUAUUGAUUUCAAAGGUGGACAAGAGCCUUCAGGAGAAAGAGAGGAUCAGCAGGUUUCAGAUGUUCUCAGUCUCCAGUGUGUCCAGCAGCAUCAGACAGAUCUGGACUCCACACUUCAGCUGCUUGAGGAGACUGUCAUGACCCUGGUGAAGAAGGAAGUGAGGAGAGUCCAAAGGUUCCUCAGUCCAGAUGAUCCCAAAUACCAGGAUGAUGAGGAAGAGGUGAAGGUGAAGUGUGAUGAGGAGCAGAUGAGGAGCAGCAGAGAAGCUUUCCUGGACUUCAUCAUGAACCUCCUGAGGAGCAUGGAGGAGGAGGAGCUUGCUUGUCGUGUGUGGAGCAGAAGUCGUGCUGGAGCGUGUGGAGGACGACUGAAGAGGAGCCUGCAGAAGAAGUUCCACAGUGUGUUUGAGGGGGUGGCUAAAGCAGGAAACUCCGCCCCUCUGAAUCAGAUCUACACAGAGCUCUACAUCACUGAGGGGGGCACAGACCAGGUGAACCAGGAGCACGAGGUCCGACAGAUCGAAGCAGCAACCAGGAACCAGACCAGAGCAGAAACUACCAUCAGACAAGAAGACCUCUUUAAAGCCUCACCUGAGAGAGAGGGACCAAUCAGGAGCCUGCUGACGAAGGGCGUGGCUGGCAUUGGGAAGACCCUCCUGACACAGAAGCUGACUCUGGACUGGGCUGAAGACAAAGCCCACCAGAACUUCCAGCUCAUGUUUCCUUUCACCUUCAGAGAGCUGAACCUGCUGAAAGACAAGAAGUUGAGUUUGGUGGAACUUGUUCAUCGCUUCUUUCCUGAAACCAAAGAAUCAGGACUCGGCAGCUUUGAAGGAGUCCAGGUUCUGUUCAUCUUGGACGGUCUGGACGAGUGUCGACUCCCUCUGGAGUUCAACAGUCGGGUCGUGACAGAAGCUACAGAGUCCACCUCAGUACACGUCCUGCUGACCAACCUCAUCAGGGGGAAGCUGCUUCCCUCAGCUCACCUCUGGAUAACCACACGACCUGCAGCAGCCAAUCAGAUCCCUCCUGAGUGUGUGGAUAUGGUGACAGAGGUCAGAGGGUUCACUGACCUCCAGAAGGAGGAGUACUUCAAGAAGAGGUUCAGAGAUGAGGAGCAGACCACCAUCAUCUCUCACAUCAGGAGCUCACGAAGCCUCUACAUCAUGUGUCACAUCCCCAUCUUCUGCUGGAUCACUGCCACAGUUCUGGAAGACAUGUUGAAGAGCAGAGAGACCAGAGAGCUGCCCAAGACCCUGACUGAGAUGUACAUCCACUUCCUGGUGGUUCAGGCCAAAGUCAAGAAGAUCAAGUACCAUGGAGGAGCUGGGACUGACACAGUUUGGGAUCCUGAGAGCAGGAAGAUGAUUGAGUCUCUGGGAAAACUGGCUUUUGAGCAGCUGCAGAGAGGGAACUUGAUCUUCCAUGAAUCAGACCUCACAGAGUGUGGCAUCGACAUCACAGCUGCUGCAGUUUACUCAGGAGUCUUCACACAGAUCUUCAGACAGGAGAGAGGAUUGUACCAGGACAAGGUCUUCUGCUUCAUCCACCUGAGUCUUCAGGAGUUUCUGGCUGCUCUUCAUGUCCAUCUGAAGUUCUUCAACUCUGGAGUCGACCUGCUUGAGUCACAACAAACGUCUCUACUGACAAGACUCUUUAGAAACAAAUGUGUUCCAGGACAUUUCUACCAGAGAGCAAUAAAUGAAGCUGUAGAAAGUCCAAAUGGACAUCUGGACUUGUGCCUGCGCUUCCUCCUGGGUCUUUCUCUGCAGAGCAGCCAGAGUCUCCUUCCAGGUUUGUUGCCAGAGGCAGGAAGUAGCUCCUGGACCCAUCAGGACACAGCAGAGCUCAUCAAGAAGAAGAUCAGUGAGAAAGUGUCUCCAGAGAGAAUCAUCAAUCUGUUCCACUGUCUGAGUGAAGUGAAGGACACUUCUCUCGUGGUGCAGGUCCAACAGCAGCUGAGAUCAGGGCAUCUCUCCACAGAUCAACUGUCUGCUGCUCAGUGGUCCACCCUGGCCUUCAUCUUACUGUCCUCAGAGGAAGAUCGGGAGGUGUUUGACCUGAAGAAAUACUCUGCUUCAGAGGAGGCUCUUGAGAGGCUGCUGCCUGUGGUCCAAGCUUCAAAGGAAGUUCUACUGAGAGACUGUCAGCUGUCAGAGAGAAGUGGUUCCCUUCUGUCCUCAGUCCUCAGCUCUCCGUCCUCUCGUCUGACACAACUGAACCUGAGCUACAACAAGCUGAAGGACCCAGGAGUGGAGCUGCUGUCUGCUGGACUGAAGAGUCCAAACUGUCACCUGGAGACUCUCAGCCUGAGCAGCUGUGGACUGUCAGAGAGAAGUGGUUCCCUUCUGUUCUCAGUCCUCAGCUCUCCGUCCUCUCGUCUGACACAACUGGACCUGAGCUACAACAUCCUGAAGGAUCCAGGAGUGAAGCUGCUGUCUGCUGGACUGAAGAGUCCACACUGUCACCUGGAGACUCUCAGCCUGAGCAGGUGUGGACUGUCAGAGAGAAGUGGUUCCCUUCUGUCCUCAGUCCUCAGCUCUCCGUCCUCUCGUCUGACACAACUGGACCUGAGCUACAACAUCCUGAAGGAUCCAGGAGUGGAGCUGCUGUCUGCUGGACUGAAGAGUCCACACUGUCACCUGGAGACUCUCAGUCUGUCAGGGUGUGGGAUCUCAGAGAGAGGCUGUGCUUCUCUGGCCUCAGCUCUGACCUGUAACCCCUCCCAUCUGAGAGAGCUGGACCUGAGCUUCAAUCAUCCAGGAGGACCAGGACUGGAGCUGCUGUCUGCUGGAGUGGAGAGUCCAGACUGGAGGCUGGAGACUCUCAGGCUAGAUCACUGUGGACCACAGAGGUUAACAUCUGGACUGAAGAGAUACUUCCGACCACUCUCACUGGACCCAGACACAGCUCACCAGCGCCUCCUACUGUCCAACAACAACCACAUGGUGGAGCUAGUGACGGAGGAUCAGGAGUAUCUGGACCAUCCCGACAGGUUUGAGCGGUGUCCUCAAGUGAUGAGCAGAGACGCUGUGACUGGUGUCUGUUACUGGGAGGUGGAGUGGAGAGGAAGAGUUUCUGUGGCCGUGACUCUCAGGAGAGACGGAGGGAAAGAAGACGAGUCUGAGUUUGGACAGAACCUUUAUUCCUGGAGUCUGAGCUGCUCUGAUGAUGCUGGAUAUAAAGUCUGUCACAAUAAGACAGAAACUGUCAUCGAGAGCUCAGAAGUCUCUCACAGAGUUGGAGUGUUGCUGAACGCACCUGCUGGACUUUUGAUCUUCUACAGAUUCUCCUCUGGAGUCUGGACCCUCCUCUACACCCUAUUCACCUCCACUGAACCUCUGCACCUGGGAUUUGGACUCAGAGAGGCUCCUGGUUCUGGUUCCUCAGUGUGUGUGUGUGACCUGAGUGUGUGAGUGUGUUCCUCCAACAAACUGGUGUUGCUGGUUCCAAUCCCCAUCCACACUGCUGACAGUGAGGAAUGAAGAAUCUUCCUCUGAAACAAACGUGUUCUUCUGCAGAAAAGAACAAAAGAAUGUGAGAUGUUUCAAGAAGAGAAACUUUGUCUUUCAUCGCUCUCUUCCUUUCUCCUGUAAACUUCUUCACGUCCUGCUCAGUGGUCUCUUCCUGUUCCAUCUAUCACUGUGUUCAGUCCCUGAAAGACUCCUCCAAGUCUCCAUCCUCAUGUGAAGAAGACUUCAGCACAUUCUCAAACCAGUCUGUCCUUCUUCUUCCCUGUGGACAGAUCACAUGACAACAAUCUUCAUCCAUGAACUCUUGAACUGUCAGUCGACCUUCAGUGAAGAGUUCAGAUAGAAUAGAAUAGGAUAGAAUAGCCUUUAUUGUCCUUGGACAGUGUACUCCCUUGGUGCAAACAAUGUAAAAAUAUAUCAAAACAAUCAAGCAUUCAGAGAACAACAAAUAGGAACUAAUAAAUAAUAUAUACACAAGUAGCAGCAGUGAAAGAGCGUAAUAACAGAAAGUGGCACUUAUCUGGAUGUAAACUUGAAUGAUUUGUUAUUGCACAUCGUUAUUUCUUUAUUGCACUAUGAUCAAUAUGGUCAGUAAUAAUGAAUUUUGUAGACUGUUUUAUUGUCACAACUUCUUCCGCUGACGUCACCGCCCAACCCACCUCGUCACAUCCACACCUGCCUCCAAUCUUCUGACGGUAUAAAGACCGGACCAACCUGCCAGUCCUCGCCUGUUUGUCAACCCUUCAUGGUUGGUCUUCGAGCGGGAUAUUUUGCUAUUUACCUCUGCCUGCACAUCGCAUCGUCAGAGUUACUUCAGUUUGUUCCUUCUGCCUCAAAGAUUCUGCCUGCCUGCACCUCCUGCACCCCUAUUCCACAGCCUGCACCUCCUGCACCAUCACCGCACUAGCCUGGAUGAAUUAAUUGCGCUGUCUAUCAGGGUUGACAACUGCCACCAUGAGCGGAGGAGACAAAGACAGCAGCAAACCACGCUGAACCCAGUCUCCGCCCAGCCUCGUCAAUCGCUCUCUCCGAUUGGUCACACCCCCAAGGAUGAAGGCACACCUGUUCUCUCGCCCAAUGACACUUCAGAGCCGAUGCAGUUGGGGCGUUAUCGCAUUGAUCCGUAGGAGCGGCGCCGUCGAAUUCAGUCCAACAGCUGUCUGUAUUGUGGGAGGAGCGGACACUUCUUAACCACGUGUCCUCACUGUCCGUGAAACGGGCAGGUUCGCUAGAAUCUGGGAGACCUUGGAUGCCCAUUGCUUCUCAAACAUAACCCCCACAUUGACUGGAGAAUGGAGAAAAUCAUAAGUUGGAGUCUAAACUGUCAUAAAGUUUGUCUUCUCUCCGCUUUACCUCCCACUGUUGGUCCUCCUUGUACCAGUGACAGCACUGAUCUGUCUCUCAUUCCAGUAGAGUACCAAGCUUUGAGAGCUGCGUUCAACAAGGAGAAAGCCACGUCAUUACCACCUCAUCGACCUUAUGAUUGUGCUCCAGAGGCCAAAUUAUUGUCUGUGAGAAACACAUGAACUGAACAUGUGUCCAGCUCUAUGGCUGUUUUUCAUCUUUGUGAAAGAGUCUAAAUUAUUGUAGCAGCUGUGGUCCAUUCUCUUUCAUGCAUGUCGACUAUUUUAUGACCAAACAUGAUUCACAACAUCUUGUACUGGAAUGAUCUGUUGCACAUUUAUGCACUUCUACUCAGUAAAUGUGCAACAUCUUAUUCCAGAGUAAACUAUGCCAUGUUUGACUCUCCCAUCUUCAUUCUUUCAGCAGUCUCCCUGCCUUUGGUCCGUUCCUUAUAUAGCACUUCAAUACAAAGCUGCACACCUGCCUGGUGUAAAACUAACAUGCUAUGGAAAACCUCAAGCAAAGAACACCUCAAAGAGCAGCUUCAGGCAUCAGAGCAACUUGAAAUGUCUCACCUCUUUAAUGUGUUUCUAAGCAAAUGGUGGUGGUCAAAGUAAUCGUCCAAAUGUUGCAUGUUUCUCCUUGGCCUUGACUGUAACCAGGAUUUAUGAUAAGUCGUAAUAUAAAGACAGUGGAUGGUACUGCGUGAUGUUUUUCUCUAUAUAUUGAAGUGCUCCAGUGUGAUUUUGCAUUUUGUGUCUGCAGGUAUGUGCAUUUGUGGAUGUAGGAUGAGUAACUCACACACAUACCACAUAGCUGCACCACUGGAGGCUGUUCACACACCUGUCUUAGAGUUGAAGUGUACUAGGUAUGUAUAUACUUUUAAACAAAUCAAUGUGAAUGCCGAGCCACAGGAGGGGCUCUGGAACUGGUAAAUCUAUUGACAGAAACUGCCUUCGUAGCAGUUUGCUGGAGCAUCAGGAUCUUGUCUCACAAGAAGGCCCUUGUCACCUGGAACCCACUGGUGAUGAGGACAGACAGAUUCAAAUAUCCAUCAUUGUCAACAGACCUGCAGAUCACUGUCAAAUGUUUCGUGGUACAUACAAACCUCCAAAGAUUGUCACAUUCAAUAUGAAAAUGGGGAACAAAGCAGACCUCAGUGUGUCAUUACAAUGUGUGAGCUUACAAACAAAUGUCUUUGAAUAUUGUGCGAUGCCAUAGGUUUAUAUGACAUGAAAAGUAGUGUUCACAACUUCAAAUUAACAUUUCAUUUUUGAACUAGAACUCAAGCUUACAUUUCAUGGGAUUUUGCAAUUGCUUUGCACUUAUUACGAUUGUCAUAUAUUGUCAUUAUAUCUGCAAAUUACUUUGCGACUGAAGAACGUGAAACAUCCGAUUGGUGUCGAACUCUAGAGCCAAUCAGGUGGCACUCCUGUCCAUCCCAGCAUGCACUGAGAGCCAGCUGGAAGUCAGGCUGCUGCAGUGGUUCAGAAGCAACUGAGGGGCGCUUGGAUCCCGCCCCUUGUGCUCGGGGCUCAGUGCGAUUCUGGACACCCCAACGUCCCACAAUGCAUUGUUUAUUUUAUUUAUUUUAUUUUAGUCUAGUUUAGUUUAGUUUAUUAUUUAUUUUUUCACAGCACUUUAUUCCAAAGCACUUUCCUAGUUGGUAAGGUCCCCACUGACCAUAAUAAGCAAUAAAUUUGAUUCUGAUUCUAAAGGUUUAUACAGUAUGAUACCUGGAAAUUGAUCUGUCACAAUGCUCAUGUGCUCCCAGAAAAAUAAAAAUUCUGUACAGAAAAUGCGCAAAG